CUAUUAUUUCUUCCUACGGAAGAAACUGAGACUGCCAUCUUCUCUCGUGAGCUGAACCAUUUCCUAGCUGUUCAAUAUGGACACCCUUCACCAUCAGCAGCUAAGGAUUGAAGAGGAGAAGCAUGAAGAAACCAAAUUAAAUUCCUAUCCUUCUCAAUCUUCAGCAUCUUCUUCUCCUUCCCAUGAAUUCUCCUUCGCAAUCUCUCUCCAUUCUUCCACUGCAGAUAAAACCCCACACCCACCGUCAAUAGCAAUUGAUUUAUCACCGGCAGAUGACAUUUUCUUCCACGGCCACUUGCUUCCUCUGCACCUCCUUUCCCACCUCCCUGUUUCUCCUCGAUCCUCCACCAAUUCCUUGGACAGCUUCUCCUUACCCAUAAAGGAUUUAAUAGACGAACAGAAACAAGAUAAAAGCAAUAGCAAUGGGGACAUCAAAACCAGCAUCCCCGACAAUGAAACAAAGGGAAGAAAGAAACACAAAUCUUUCUCUUUAUUUUUGUUUGGAGGAUGGCAAAAGGGUCGUGAAGUUGGGGAGGAUAAAGAGAAGCAGACGAAGAAGAAGAUGGGAUUCGAUGUUAGCCAUGCGUUGAAGCGGUACAUGAGGACUCUGUUGUUCUUCAGGGGAAGGGGAGAGGACCUCCAUCUCCGGCGACAACAGUAUUCAUUUUCAGGUAAUUUGAGGAAAAAGCAUAAGUUGAGAGGAAGAAGAGGAGAGUACUCUGCAUCGGCGUCAAUGAGGAUGUCUCCAACGAACAACGGCCUACUUGUUGCAACGGCGCCCCUUUCUUCCUCUGUCAGUGACAGCACCAUGGAGGAACUGCAGGCUGCAAUUCAAGCUGCCAUUGCUCAUUGCAAGAAAUCCAUUGGUGUGGAUGACAAACUAAAUUGAGUAAAAAAAUCUGGACUUUUCCUCUGUAAUUGAUUGAUUAAUGGUUAUAUAGCUACCACUACCUGCCCAUGGUGAGCUCAUGUUCAUUUCCUCUGUAAUCUUGUUUCCAUUUGCAGCAAAUGGAUUGGAAAAAAACUUCGGAACAAGU